UCGUAUUGAACACGACCGUGGGGUCGUGGGGUGCCACUGCGGUGGUUUUCGACACGAUGACAGCGACUGUCAUCGGGUUGAACACGAUGGUGGGGUCGGGGGGUGCCACCGCGGUCGUGUUCGACACGAUGAUAGCGACCGUCAUCAGCUUAAACAUGACGGUGGGGUCGUGUUCAGCACGUGGCGUACACAACCGCGCUUCAACCAUCAUCGUGUCGAACACGACGGUCGUCAUGUCGGACUCGAUGAUGGACGGCUCUGCGAACGGUGGGAGAAAUUUUGUUGACGUCCUGAAAAACCACGAACGACGAAUAAUGGAAGGGGAUGGGCGCGAUUGGGGGGUUGGGGGGGGGGGGGGGGGAGAUGGGGUUGGCGGGGUGGCGGGGGAGGCGAGGAUUCUGAACUCACCUGGGUCAAAGGAGGCACGAAUCGGAGCAGUAACGCAGCUGCCGUGGAGGAGCAACGCAACUGUCUGUCGCGUCGAUGCAAAGGUGACACUGCAACGGCCUUUUUCCGGGGGAGCGAUGCAAGCGAAAGACCCUUGGAUCCUCCUGCGGGGCCCGUUUAAACAGUCGCGGACGGCACUGGAAGUCGAAUCGUCGCCCCCCUUGGCACCGACUCUCACCGCGGCACCGGUUCUCCCCGUACCCGAUCCUGGCCCUCAACCGCCGGAUCGACAGCCCAGACUUUCCCGGGAUUCGAAUCAUUCGGCAGUGCUGCAAAACAUGGAAGGAGAGGGGAAGGCAAGUAAACGACGAGCAAGUAAGAAUUCUGGGAGCAUGGAACAAUCUCCGAAAAAAUCGAAGGGGACACCAGCUGCUGGGGUUGGGAGUCAGGAGGCACCGGGGUCUAAGCGGCAACGCACCCCGGUUCCGAAGGGUGCACCUUCCAUGGGCACUCCGCUGAGUCGUGUUCAGGGCUCUGGACCGGAUAAGGCUGUGUUGAUGACUGGCGAGCCUGUGGGUCAGGACCGUGUGCCUAGUCCGCAGCAGGGAAGAUCUGCAGUGGAGGUUGUGCCCGGACGUAAACCGUCUGGUGAACGUAAACCCUCUGGUGAAACGGCUAUUGCGGGUCGGCAAGACGAUGUGCCCGUGGUUGAUCACACAGACAAGUUCUGGAUGCUGGACUUGGUGGGGGAGAUCGGACAACCAUCGAGUGACCUUGUUCUAUAUGUGGUCAUCAAAGAAAAUAUUGUGCCGGUUGGCGGCCUAGUGAGGUGGACUGGACAAAAUGCGCCAUCUGCAACGUUCGAGUUGACGAUGGUCCUCAAUGGAAGAGGGGAAAGAAUAUCGACAGUUAAACAUGUCGCUCUUCGAUGGGCCAAACACGCGGGGUUUGGAAAGUCGCUGGUUGAUGUGUUCAACCCAACAGGGACAGCGAAAGUGAAAUUGCCUAACCUCGUCGACGUCCUCGGGUUUUUCGACAGUAAUGUGAUCGUCGGCGAAGAGCCGGUUGUGCAAUGUCAUCCAGAGGACCGCAUAUCGGAGCCUAAAUGCGUGCUUUCGAAAACCGUGGAGACAGGGCCUUCGAUCACGAUCCGCGAUACACCGCCUGGUCCGAAAGCUGGGCAGAUUAAAGAGAAGGGUCCGUGCUGCGGACUGGUCGUACCGUGAGCCCCUAUGAAGAUCAGGCCAACGGUGACCAAAGCACCAGUUGCCUUGGGCAGCCGACCGCGCUAUGUUGCGGCCACCAAGGGACCUCUCCCCUUGGUGGGCCAGCAUUGCUAUGACUACACUAUGCCAAGCCGCGCAGAGGAAGCCCAUGAGUAUUUUGAAGAUGAGGAUGAAGAGAACAGCGAGGAAUAUUCGAAACGAGUAGGAGGACAAAAACAGUAUGCUGCGGGUGUCGGCGGCAUGACGAGGCAUCCAGGAGAGACAAGUAAAGUAGUUGGACAGGA